AUGUAUAGUGCGAUGAGCAUCGCAAAAUCACCAUCAACCACCGAAACCCAUUCUUAUCCCUUAACUACACCACCCUUACACAUAAUGUCUAAGUUUGUGGACUCGUUGGUUUUGGAUGCCACGCCGCUCAUCACGCAGUCGGCUUCGGCGCUUCAACAAUUCGCUAGCCAGUUCUACACCACCCCUGGUGUGAAAGCCGAACUUAAGGAUGAACAUUCCAGAAACCAGCUCUUGCUCUGGGGAGAUAUUCUUCAAGUGAGACAGCCAAGCCAGGAAUCCAUUGACAGAGUCAGCGCCUUUGCAAAACUCACUGGUGACUACUCUGUUCUCUCGAUGAACGAUGUCCAUAUCAUCGCCUUAGCAUAUGAGCUCGAGGUUGAACGAAACGGAGAAGCUAACUUGAGAAAAUUCCCAGGUGAAAAACUUGCUACUGACAAGGAAGAAGAACCUCUGAGACCAUUCACAGCUAGGAAGCCUAGAGAAGAGACUGAGACUACUGCUCAGACAGAAGAAACAUCAGAAGAGCCAGCCGAGGACGACGGAUUUCAAGUCGUCGAGCACAAGAAAAAACACAGUAGAAAAUACUAUAGACAACAAUGGCAAAAGAAGAAGGCUCUUGAAAGCGCCGAGGCCGAAGCUGAGGCUGCCGCCAAACAGGAACAGGAACUCAUAGAACAACUCGAGGCUGCCACAAUUGACACACAGAAUGGCGAGUCUCAAAUCUCUGAAACUGCUGAUACUGAGGAAACUGAAGAAACAGAGGAAGCCGAGGAGGCCGCUGAGGAGGACGGUGAGAACGUUUACGAUGAAGAUGAUGACGAUGGAGACUGGAUCACUCCUGAUAACUUGCAAGAAACCAUCAUGAAAGACGACAACGAGACCGUUCAAGAAAACGCCGACCAGCAAACGCUUUUGGUCGCGCUCUCCACUGGAGAUUUUGCAUGUCAGAACACCUCAAUGCAACUUGGCUUGAAGCUUUUAAACCCUCAGUCCGGAAAGCAAAUCACCAAGGUCCGUAACUACAUGUACAGAUGCCAUGCCUGUUUCCACAUGCUUCCCAUGCCUAAAACAGGAGAACGCAAGCACUUUUGUCCCAAGUGUGGAGGUGACACCUUGCUACGGUGCGCAGUUUCUGUGGACACGGCUUCUGGUAAAGUCACUCCCCACCUCAAGGCCAACUUCCAAUGGAUCACAAAGGGUCAAGUCUAUUCUAUGGCCUCUCCUCUCAGUAAAAACUCCCAAAAAAGGCUAGGUCGUGCUGGAUAUCAGCAUAACAAGGAGAAUCGUCACAAGACCCUUCAGGAUCCCGUUGUUCUUCGCGAGGACCAGAAGGAGUAUGCACAAGCAAUUAAAGAUGAUGCAUGGCAUAGAAAGAAAAAUGAGAAGAUGCUUUCAGAGUGGAUUGGUGGCGGUAGUGCGGACAACUUCAUUUCUCCGUUCCAGACAUCUUUCAAGAGCGCUGGUGUGAGGGUUGGCAGAGGAAGAAACGCCAAUGCUGCUAAAAAGAGAAAGUAG